AAAUCGUUUGAGGCCCUCGCCGGCUCGCCCUUCUCUCUCGCAAUUUUUUCUCCCCCACUGCGUACCGCACGCUUUCUUCCUUUUGUUUUCUCCUCCUCUUCUUCUUUCUCUCUUCCAGUGGCAGCAUCCUCUUCAUCUGUUGCCGGCGACAUCACAACCUUCUUCCUCUUCCCCCACCCAACAGCAGCAACCCAACCGGCUGCGGCUCCUCCCCUACGCGCGGCGCCUGUGUCAUCCUCUCUCCUCCAUUCUUCUCUUGCUGCACCAGCAACGCCGCUGUGCCUCCGCCACGCACACGUGCCGGUGAUAGCUGCCGGAAGCCACUCCCUUCCUUCCGUUUCCUGCGCCCACAGCCGGCCACCGGCCGCCGUUGAGCUAACGGUAAGAGGACAACCGGCCUUCCUCCACUUGCCUCCUUCCCCUUUUCCUUUUCUUUCUCCUCCCUCUUCCUGCUGCUCCGACACCUACGGCCAUCAGUCGGCUGUUUUUUUUGGCCGAGCCAAGAGCGAUCCUCCUCCUUUUUCAAGCCUAAUGUAUCCUCGUUCAACGAGAUUGUUGUUCAUAUGAUGACCAAUUGAAGAUAGGAAUUCGAGUGGAGCACGUUGAUUUGUUGACACUUGGAGUUUUUACUAUAAAUAGAGGUGGGAAUUGCGCCCCCAAGAUGUUGCACACUUGUCAUCAUCGCCACGGUUGUCGUCGACAGUCGUCAUGGUGCCUGCUUCCUGAAGUGGCUGCUGUGCCUGCUAGCACAAACAAUGGCCAUCAAUUUGCCGCUUGCUGCACCCCUUGGCACAACUCAAUACCCUUGGUCUAGUGUUCCAAAACAACAUAGUUCCAUUUCUGUCAAGUGUUAAAGAAAGAGGUGGACAAAACAAAAGAGAGGCAUACCUUGAAGAAGUAUCACUGUAGAGAAACCCUAGUUGCACCUUAUUUUGUUGUUUGCGGAGUACCGUCAGGAACGUAGCAAAGGCUUUGUCGCUUGCAAAGGAGUGUCAGGAAUGUGUAGCUACGCUUGCGGAUUGCUCUGUCAAUGUCUCAUGCCUUCUCAAAUGUAGGGAGGAACAAAAAGUUUGCUCGUCUAACCUGCAUUGACUGUUGAACAAGCUUCCAAGAUUUAAAGAAGAAAUGGAGACGGUUAUGAGGAAGGUUCAACAAAAGUACAAAAAAUUGAGGGAGGAAAUGGGGAGAUGGGAUGAGUUGCAGUCAGGGUUGCUUUCUCACUUCCACAGUGCAUCAUCUAUCAUUGACAGACUGCGGUUGCUUUCAGACAUGAACAAUUAUGGUGCUCUGAGGGGCAUUCCAGGCAUUAAAGAAGCACUUUUGGGGAAGCAGAUGGACACACUGCAAAUGGUAUUUUGUUCGAUGAGAGAGAAGAUGGAAGAAUUUCAUGCAGUUGUCUUGUCUCUUGAGAAAAUUGCACGAGAUGCAAACCAGUUGGUGAAAGGAGGUUCGGCACUAACUCCUCAGCAAAUGAAGCUUCAAAUUGGAUUGUGGCCAAGUCUUGAUUAUUGCUUGGAAGGGCUUAGGACAAUUUAUGAGAUGCAUCAAUCUGAAUAUACUCUUAAAUUAUCACUUGUGACCUCCUUGACUUUAAAGUCCACUUCUGCUGAGAUUGCUGCAAUGAACCAGCUCUUGGUAGAUCAACCCAACAUCCCAAAAGACCAAGUGCAAGCAAUAUUUGACAGGAUAUUUGCGGAGGAGAUCUGCUGAUUCUUUGGUUGGUCUUUGUAUUUUGCAACAGCUCACAACUUUAAAUAUUAAUUCUUCAAGGUUUUAUAGAGCUUCUUGACUUUUCUGGAUGAGUUGUUUUAUAGUGGUGUUAGUACAUCCACCACUAGAGACAUCCCUUCCAGUUAUUCCAUUAAAGAAAGUAGCAUUUGCCUUCAGCUAUACCUGCUGGCAGCUGAUGUAGCCCUACAACAUGUUUCUUUACCACGUGGAAUUUACUUGAUUUUUCUUGGAAUUAUAUCAAUUUUGUGAUCGGAUGGCAUUUGUGAUUGAAUUA